AUGGACGGAUCCGGCGGUGCCCCCAAGCCGAGCAGCAGCGUCAAGCUGGUCCUGCUCGGUGAAGCUGCGGUCGGAAAGUCGUCGCUUGUCCUGCGCUUCGUCAACAACGAUUUCCAAGAAAACAAGGAGCCCACUAUUGGAGCUGCCUUCCUGACACAAAAGUGCAACCUCCCGACCCGGACGAUCAAGUUCGAGAUCUGGGAUACUGCCGGCCAGGAGCGCUUUGCCUCGCUGGCGCCCAUGUACUACCGCAACGCCCAAGCCGCCCUCGUUGUCUACGACCUCACGAAGCCGACGUCGCUUACCAAGGCCAAGCACUGGGUGGCGGAACUCCAACGACAAGCCUCGCCUGGUAUCGUCAUCGCCCUCGUCGGCAACAAGCUCGAUCUCACAAACGACACUGAAUCCGGAUCUGCCGGCGACAGCGAGGGGGCCGACGCGGACGACUCUGGCGACGCCAGGAAGGUCUCGACGGAGGAGGCCAAGACGUACGCCGAGGAGGAGAGCCUGCUCUUCUUCGAGACGAGUGCCAAGACGGGCCACAACGUCACCGAGGUCUUCACGGCGAUCGCUAACGCCAUCCCGGAGACGUCGUUAAAGAGCGCGCGGGGCCCGGGCGCCUCGCACGCUGUCAGCCGGGGCGGAGAAGACCAGCAGCGCGUCAGCCUCACGGGCUCUGGGGAUGCCGCCGCCAAGGAGGGAUGCGCUUGCUGA